AUGGUGGUGUUCUGGAAGGCUGCCUUCAAGCACCAGGUCAUUUCUGGCCUGAGAUGGGUCCAGUGUUUUGGUGAUGGUGAGUUCUCUGAGGUGUCUCUGAGCAAGCAGGUGGCCCUGAGACUGCUCAGCCAGUACUUUAACCUGGCCAUCUUCAGGACCCUGGUUGCUUAUAGGAAGGCCAUGUACCAGGCCUUGGAAAAAACCAGGGGACCAGUGAAAUUCGAGGGUGUGGUUGUGAUUUUCACUGAGGCAGAGUGGAAGAGACUGAGCCUUGAGCAGAGGAACCUAUACAAAGAAGUGAUGCUGGAGAAUUUCAGGAAUCUAGUCCUGUUGGAUUCAAAGCCAGAAGUCCGUCCCUGGCCCCUUUGCCCUCUGCCACUGGCCUUUGACGGUCAGCAAUUUCUCAGCCACCAUGAGCUCUGCAGGCAUCUUAUUCCAUAUUCAUGUGCAGGAAAUCAACUCCAACCAGGGGAUCCUUGCCCAAAUGACCACCAGCAGCAGCAGCAACAACAUUCUGAUAAAAACCACUGGGGUGCCAAAGCAGAAGAUCAAGGAAUGGGAUCUACACCUUUGUUUUUGAGCACAAAUGAGAAGGGGACUUAAGUGGUUUUCUGUAGCCCACCCCAGGGACCACCAGUAAGCUCUCAGGGAGGCAACAAAGUGUUGAAGGUACAGCUCAGUCCAGCCCAGAGGGUAAGCUCUGGGGAAGCAGACAACAUUCCUGAGAGGGUAGAACUCUCAGGAUUUGGAGCAGUCAGGUUUAGAGGUGUGGACUAGGUUUUAGCCAGAAGUCAAACCUCUUCAGACACAGGCUGUCACGAGCGGAGAUAUCUCCUGUGCAGAAAGUGUGGGUGAAGCUUUAGCAGGAAGUCACAUCUCAACAGACAUCAGAGGACACACAGAGGAAAAGCCUUAUAUAUGUGGGGAGUUGUGGUCAAGGCUUUAUAGAUAAGUCACCCCUCUACAACCACCAGAGUACACACUCAGGUGAGAAGCUUUAUGUAUGCAGGGAAGUGUGGGCAAGCUUUUAGCCACAAGUCACACACACACAAGGGAGAAGCCCUUUGCAUGAUGUGUGGGCGAGGCAUUAGUGAAAAGUCAGACCUCAUUAAGCACCAGAGGAUUCACACAGAGGAUAAGCCUUAUGUGUGCAGGAACUGUAGCCAAGGCUUUAGGGUGAAAUCACACCUCAUCACACACCAUAGGACAUGUUCAGAUGAGAAGCCUUUUGUUUGCAGGGAGUGUGGGUGGGGUUUUAGCCACAAGAUAAUCCUAAACACACACCAGAGGACACCCAUAGGAGAGAAGCCUUACGAGUUGCAGGGUAUGUGGGCGAGACUUCAGCCACAAGUCAGCUCUCAGCACGCAUCAGAGGGUGCACUCAGGGGAAAAGUCUUAUGUGUGCAGGGAAUGUGGGCAAGGCUUUAGCCAUAAGUCAGCCCUCAUCAGACACCAGAGAACACACUCAGGGAAAAGCCUUAGGUGUGCGAGGAGUGAGAGUAUGCCUUUAGCAACAAGGCAGUUGGCAGCCACAUCAGAGGGCACACUCAAGGGAGAAGCCUUGAUUGUGAGGUAGUGUGGGUGAGGCUUUAGCUGGACAUCACUCCUUAUCACAGAGCAGAGGACAUGCUCAGAGAGAAGCCUGACAGGGAGUGAGGGUAAGGUGUUAGCUGGAGGUGACCUCAUAAGAAACACUGGGAGUUAAAUCUCUCCACCAUCCAUUACCACCCUGCUAGAGCUCUGCGAGGGCUUCAGGGACAGUCUUCUGACCCCUUACACCCUCUGUGAGUGUGAAGAUGGCAGAGGUCUAGCCUCUGAGAACAGAGGUACCAAGUGAUAGUCCUCUUGGAGAAGUGGUCUUUGCUUCUACCUCCUUCCUUCUUCAGCUGUGUCCUUCUGUUGGCUUCUAUGACACUUUCCUGCUCUAUUUUUGUCUACAUCUCUAGCCUUUGAUGCAUCCUCUUUUUUUUUUAACAUCUUCAUUGGGGUAUAAUUGCUUUACAGUGGUGUGUUAGUUUCUGCUUUAUAACAAAGUGAAUCAGUUAUACAUAUACGUAUGUUCCCAUAUCUCUUCCCUCUUGCGUCUCCCUCCCUCCCACCCUCCCUAUCCCACCCCUCCAGGCGGUCACAAAGCACCGAGCCGAUAUCCCUGUGCCAUGCGGCUGCUUCCCACUAGCUAUCUACCUUACGUUUGUGAGUGUAUAUAUGUCCAUGCCUCUCUCUCGCCCUGUCACAGCUCACCCUUCCCCCUCCCCAUAUCCUCAAGUCCAUUCUCCAUUAGGUCUGUGUCUUUAUUCCUGUCUUACCCCUAGGUUCUUCAUGACAUUUUUUUUCUUAAAUUCCAUAUAUAUGUGUUAGCAUACGGUAUUUGUCUUUCUCUUUCUGAGUUACUUCACUCUGUAUGACAGACUCUAGGUCUAUCCACCUCAUUACAAAUAGCUCAAUUUCGUUUCUUUUUAUGGCUGAGUUAUAUUCCAUUGUAUAUAUGUGCCACAUCUUCUUUAUCCAUUCAUCCAUGAUGGGCACUUAGGUUGUUUCCAUCUCCGGGCUAUUGUAAAUAGAGCUGCAAUGAACAUUUUGCUACAUGACUCUUUUUGAAUUUUGGUUUUCUCAGGGUAUAUGCCCAGUAGUGGGAUUGCUGGGUCAUAUGGUAGUUCUAUUUGUAGUUUUUUAAGGAACCUCCAUACUGUUCUCCACAGUGGCUGUACCAAUUCACAUUCCCACCAGCAGUGCAAGAGUGUUCCCUUUUCUCCACACCCUCUCCAGCAUUUACUGUUUCUAGAUUUUUUGAUGAUGGCCAUUCUGACUGGUGUGAGAUGAUAUCUCAUUGUAGUUUUGAUUUGCAUUUCUCUAAUGAUUAAUGAUGUUGAGCAUUCUUUCAUGUGUUAGUUGGCAGUCUGUAUAUCUUCUUUGGAGAAAUCUCUAUUUAGG